GAUGGAAAAAGAAAAAGGCCAAGACGGUAUCGUAAAAACCAUAUUCAAUCAUUAGCCUCGGUGACACGGCAGCCAAUCACCGUUGCACGCACCUGACUCCUAUAUCCUCGACAGUCAUCUUUCCAAAUGCAUCAUCAUCGGGACAACAAACGGCGGCUUCAUGAUCGGUACAACACACGAUUUUAUUUGUCAAAUUGGAAAAAAACAGGUGGAUAGUUCACUCUCCAGCAGUCCAUGUUACGUUUAAAUCUUUGUUUGUAAGGAAAAAGGAGAUGGCCAUGCUAUAUUUAGUGGUGACGGUAGCGUCCUCCACGUUCGUAACCCCAUCCAUACUCCCAGCGACCUCUACGGCCUCGAUCAUAGCGGCCACCAUAAUCCCAUCGUCCUCCACCACGAUGUCUUGCUUCUUCAACCAUCUGGGGAUCGACACCUUCCGCAUACUGAGGAUAAUAACCGGGAUCAGCAAUUGCAGCAUUGCCCGCUGUAUUUUCUGCAGAUGUCACCGAAGAUGCCAAGGCACCGCUUGCAAUAGCGAAAAUAACGAGCACAGUUGAUGAAAAUUUCAUUGGAUACAAAAAGGAAAUUAUGGAUGAUUAUCAAGACGAUCCUAUUAUCGAUCUCCUCUUAUAUAUGGAAGAUAGUCAAGUUGGUGCGCUAUUUUGCAUCCAAUUAUAAAAGAGUAAUCCGUGAGAAGCCGCGAAUGCGAUCUAUCAGUCCUUGGACAC